AUGAAGUGGUUAUGUUGUAACUGCCACUUUGACGACGAGGAAGAUGGCCACGACAAGGAGCAGGCCAAAGCUCAGAACAAUAAGAUAGACCCCAAGCAGAAGUCUUCAAAACCUCCUGUUAGUCAACCUGAGCCAGAGUUCUCCCCUCCUACAAUUGAUGUCCCUGAAUUGUUGUUGGAUGAUUUGAAACAAAAGACUGAUGAUUUUGGAUCGAGUGCUCUGAUUGGUGAAGGUUCUUAUGGACGAGUAUAUCAUGCCACUUUGGAUGAUGGGAGGCAAGUGGCAGUUAAAAAACUUGAUGCAUCUGAAAAUGAGCCUAAUGAUGAGUUCCUGAAACAGGUCUCACUGGCAUCAAAGCUAAAACAUGAAAAUCUUGUUGAGAUGUUGGGUUACUGUGUGGAUGGGAAUUAUCGUAUACUCGCAUAUGAAUUUGCAACCAUGGGUUCGCUUCAUGAUGUUUUACAUGGAAGAAAAGGCGUUCAAGGCGCGCAGCCUGGACCUGUACUUGACUGGAUGCAGAGGGUCAAAAUUGCUAUUGAGGCUGCAAAAGGUAUAGAAUAUCUGCAUGAAAAGGUUCAGCCUUCAAUCAUCCAUCGGGACAUCAGAUCAAGCAAUGUACUGCUGUUUGAGGAUUUCAAGGCAAAAAUUGCAGACUUCAAUCUUUUGAAUCAAGCACCAGAUAUGGCAGCUCGGCUCCAUUCAACUCGUGUAUUGGGAACUUUUGGAUAUCAUGCACCUGAAUAUGCUAUGACUGGCCAGCUGACACAGAAAAGCGAUGUCUACAGCUUUGGUGUAGUUCUUUUGGAACUUUUGACUGGAAGGAAACCAGUAGAUCACACAAUGCCUCGAGGACAACAAAGUUUAGUCACAUGGGCUACUCCAAGGUUAAGUGAAGACAAGGUGAAGCAAUGUGUGGAUCCCAGGUUGAAGGGAGAAUAUCCUCCAAAGGGAGUCGCUAAGCUUGCUGCAGUGGCAGCUCUAUGCGUGCAAUACGAAGCAGAGUUCAGGCCCAACAUGAGCAUAGUUGUGAAAGCGCUUUCACCUCUCCUUCAACAAAGACCUGCACCAGCCACCGCAGAGCCAGCCCCGCAACCUGUGAGCUGA